CCCUCCCCCCCAACCCCUCGUCUCUCCGUCUGGCGUCGGAAUCAGGAUGACGUCACUCCCAGAACUCAACGACGACACUGUUCGCAGUAUGGCAGUUGCAGCCGUAUUCUCGGAUUUUGGUGGAAAAAUAAGUUCACUUGAUUUUCAUCGGACAAGUGAUUUAUUGGUUACAGCGAGCGAGGAUGAUUCGGUCAGACUGUAUGACAUUGCCAAUGGCAAGUUGUUGAAGACCACCUACCAUAAGAAACACGGUGCUGAGAGCAUAUGCUUCACCCAUCACUCAAACUCUGUUAUAUGUUCAUCAAGAUACAACUUGGAUUCCAGAGAAUCUCUGCGCUACCUAUCCAUGUAUGACAAUCGCUGCCUUCGGUACUUCAAGGGACAUGAGAAAAGGGUUGUGUCACUGUGCAUGUCUCCUAUUAAUGACAGCUUUAUGUCUGGUUCUCUUGAUCACACUGUCCGAAUAUGGGAUCUCCGAGUAAAUGCAUGCCAGGGAAUAUUACGUCUACGUGGUAGGCCGACUGUUGCAUAUGAUCAACAAGGUCUUGUCUUUGCAGUAUCAAUGGAAGGGGGUGCAAUCAAAUUGUUUGAUUCUAGAUCAUACGACAAGGGACCAUUUGAUACUUUCCUUGUUGGUGGAGAUACAGCUGAAGUCUGUGAUAUUAAGUUCAGUAAUGAUGGUAAAUCAAUGCUGUUGGCUACUAAAAGUAACAACAUAUAUGUUCUUGACGCAUAUGGAGGCGAGAAGCGUUGUGGCUUUAGUCUGGAUCCUUCCCCCAAUACAGCUAUAGAGGCUACAUUUACACCAGAUGGCCAAUAUUUGGUUUCAGGUUCUGGAGAUGGAACUCUCCAUGCUUGGAGCAUAAGAACAAGAAAUAAGGUUGCCUGCUGGGAUAAUUACAUAGGCGUUGCCUCAUGCUUGAAGUGGGCUCCUCGUAGGGUCAUGUUUGCUGCUGCAUCUUCGGUUCUUACCUUUUGGAUUCCUAAUCCCGCAAAGCCAACCACUGAGCCUGGAAAUACGCAUGCCGAAGCAGGAAAACCGGAGCAAACUACAUAACGAACCUGUAUUUAGUCGUUUAAAUUUUUUAAAUAUUCUUUUGUUUCAUGCUUUUCUUCUUGAAAUGGGAGAAUAGACGGAUGGGUGAUCUUAUGUACUUUACUAGGGGGAAAAGCCCGUGUUACACGAGGAAGUUUAGUGCCUGUAAUUAAAUAUGGUUAAUAAUUAUUAUUUAGUAUUUUGUAGUA